AUGAUCUAUUAUUACACAGAAACUCGUGAACUCCUUAAUCUCGAAGAUUCAUCCCUAUAUGACGCCGUUAAUGAAGGCGCUGAUGUUUUGGAUCAACGACAACCGCUUCAAAUCGUCAGCCAGCUCGGCGAGGAGGUUUUGCAUACGUCUUCCCUUGUUAGGAAGGCCUUCACUGAAGCUUCAGCCGGUAGCGCCUCUAAGAAGUUCAAAGACCCCUCUCACAUCUCCGGAUGCACAUAUGCGAUGAAGAAAGUUUUGAGUCAAAAUAAUGAUCAACUGGAGCUCGUGAUUGAAGAGAUUCAUGGUAUCUUCCCUGUUUAG